AUGGCGGAGGUAGCGGUAGGGUGGGCCAUCUCGGCGGUGGGGUGGAUCACGUCGCCGGUGGUGAGCAGGCUCCUCCGCGAGGGCUCCGACCUCCUCGGCGUCGGCGAAUCCGAGAGGCUGCGGGCUGUGGAGACCCGAAUUCUGCCGCGGCUGGCGCUGCUGCUGGAGCAAGACGACAGGAUCCCUCCUGGCCUUGGGAGGGCUCACCUGGAGCAGUGGUCUACCAGGCUCCGAUCUGCCUUCUACGAAGCCGAGGACAUCAUCGACGUCGCCGAUUACCAUCGCCUCGAGAAGCAGGUCAUUUCUAAUUCUAAGCCAGCUGUCAUGCCAAUGCUAGAUCAUGCAAAAGAUAUCAUGUCAGGCAAAACUAGCAAGUUGAAGAAAAUUCUAAAUAACUUAGAGAAAAUAAUUGAAGAAGGGUCACAGUUUUUGCCACUUCUGGUUCGCACAACUGGCAAUGGUACAAGUGGCAGUGACACAGACAUAUCCAAUCCUGCUAACAAAAUGAUUGGAACUAUCACGACUUCUUCAGCUCUUACAGAAGUCAUAAUUGGCAGAGACAAGGAACGUGAUGAGAUUUUAAGGUUGCUCCAUGAAACUGAAGAUAAUUUUGAACCAAGCUCAUGGAACAAGUGUUAUUCCGUGAUAGGCAUCUAUGGCAUCGGUGGUUCUGGGAAGACAACGCUAGCACAGCAUGUCUGUAGUUAUGAACGGAGGGAUAACUACUUUUGCCUUGUCAUGUGGAUUCAUGUUUCUCAAAGUUUUAGUGUGAGCAACAUUUAUCGAGAGAUGCUUGAAGCAGCUUCAGGGGAACCAUCCCAUGAGUUCUGCAAUCUUGAUUCUCUACAGAUGAAACUAGAGGCAGCAUUGACUGGCAAAAGAUUCUUGCUAGUACUGGAUGACGUCUGGACUGAGAAGGAUGUGAAUUCACGGUUAAAACUGGAUCAACUGCUUUCUCCAUUGAAGGUAGGGAAGAGAGGGAGUAAGGUCCUAAUCACAACUCGAUUCGCUGAUGCUGCUAUGUCUCUAGGUGCUCAGAACCUCAUGAAAAUACCCGACUUAAAUGACAAGGAUUUCUUCCAGCUCUUUAUGCAUUAUGCACUUGAUGGCGUGAGGCUUGAGAGCCUAGAACUAGAAAAGUUUCAGGCAAUUGGAGAAGAGAUCAUGAAAAAACUGAAAGGAUCUCCAUUAGCAGCAAAGCUAGUAGGGUCCCGGCUACGCAAACAAUUGAAUGCCAUGUUUUGGAGAAGGGUUGGAAACCAGGACCUGCUGAGUGAUACCAUGGGAGCUCUGUGGUGGAGCUACCGGCAGCUGGAUGGGCAGAUUAAGCGUUGUUUUGCUUACUGUAGCAUGUUUCCUCAAGGGCAUAUGUUUGCACGUAAUGAGUUAGUCGAGUUAUGGAUGGCAGAAGGCUUUAUAAAGACAGCCAAUGGUGAUGAGCAAAUGGAAGAUGUAGGCCAGAACUACUUUGAUGAACUAGUGUCAUGCUCAUUUCUACAAACAAGAAAAAAAGAUGACGGGGAUGAGAAUGAGAGGUUUACAAUGCAUGAUCUGCUGCAUGAAUUGGCGGUGAUGGUUGCUGGAAAUGAUUGCUUUCGAUUAGAAGAAGGCGAGAACAGAGAAUUUCCUCCAGAUGCCUGCCAUCUUUUUAUCAAUUUGUAUGAUGCAGUGAAGGCUACACGGCAGAUUUGCAAACUGAAAAAGUUGCGUACACUAAUAUUCACUACUACUUUUCGUGGAUCGACAAUAACCAUAGAAGCACUUGAGGGCAUGCUGAAGAAAUUAAGAAAACUGCGUGUGGUGAAAGUAUGCCUAGAUGGUGAAAUGAUGACGAUUCCAACCAGUAUUUGUGGCUUAAAACAUCUAAGAUGUCUCACUAUCCACAACUUUGGGUGGAUUAAGGUUUACUUGCCAAGAAAGUUUGACAAACUGUAUCAUUUGCAGAUCCUAGAGAUCCCUAAUACUGGUGUUUUGAGAAGUAUCAACGUGAAAAGCAUGGGCAACCUGGUCAGUUUGCGGCAUGUUAGAAACCCUGGUGGUUGGUUACUCUCCGAUUCUUCCAUUUUGUCUUUUCCUAGGAUUGGGCGGCUGAAAUCACUUCAAGAAUUAAGUGACUUCUCAGUGAGGAAAGAAAAGGGGCAUGAGUUAGAGCAGCUAAAGGGUCUAAAUAAUCUUCGUGGCUCUCUAAGAAUUUGUGGCCUUCAAAAUGUAGGAAGCAAGGAAACAGCUCUGGAAGCCAAGCUAUAUGAUAAGAAGCACCUCACAGAAUUGACACUUGCAUGGUACCACCAGGACCAGAGCUGCAAUCCAGACCUCCAAACCGAAAUACUUCAGGGCCUGUGUCCACCAUCGCAGCUCACACAACUGCGUGUAAUUGGCUACGAAGGAUGGAGAUAUCCAAGCUGGUUAUCACAAAAUCAGACUAGUCUAGUUAAAUGCCUACAAUCUCUCGAUCUGUGGAGAUGUUCUAAUCUGGAAUCUCUUCCAGAUAUUGCUGAACUUUUCAGUAAUCUUCGUUACCUUCAACUCAUUAGUAUUCCCAAGCUAAAAGGGUUGCCAAGACUUCCGGAUAACCUUAAGACGUUACACAUAACUUCGUGUGAAGCCCUGGUGGUGACAUGUGUGGAAGAUGUGGAGAUGAUAAGGUCAAUGCUUUUUGAGAGGAUUUCUCGAACUGAUGGCCUGUCCUUGAGAAUUACACGUCCUGAGGAAAUUAGUGGGUUUGCCAGUGAGCAACCUAACAUGUUCAGUGCAAUCUUGCGCGACAUCAUAGGCAUAUCUGCUCCUGAGGUUGGAAGCAUUGAAAAUAUGCUGUCGAGCCUUCUGCCUUUUAUCAGUUGUCAGACAGAAGAAGAAAAUUAUCCCCAACUAUUGCUUCCUGCAUCACUCGAGUGUCUCCGUCUCAAGGGAUGCAUCAUUACAGACACCGUCAUGCAAAACUGCUUGCGUAGCUGUACUAGCCUUACGAUUUUGGACUUACAGGGAGUACCCUUUUGCAAAGCAAUCCCUUACGGCCUGCUCAAGUCUCUAGUCAUUCUCCAUGUCAUCGAUUGUGUCCACUUUACUCGGUUGCAAGGCCUAGCUGAUCUCAAUAACCUGAGACGACUUUCAAUUGGAAACUGCCCCAACCUUGAGACCCUUGAAGAGGCCGACAAAGUGCAAGCCCUUGACUGCCUCGACGUUAGUGAUAUAACCCUUGUGCCACAGCUGCUAUCAAGGUCGGCAGUCCAGCAGCGCCGCCGGAGCACGAACCAGAGGAAGAACUUGCACUUGUCUGGGCCCUUUGUGUGCCAAAGCAAGUCGGCACACGAAAAGGACUAUUGGCUGACAAAGAAGGGCCGAGAGGGCAGAGUAGCGAUGGUCCCUCGUCCAGCGCCAACAAAGAUGGUACAGGACCCUGGGCGAGAGCUAAAAAUGCCGCACCGCCUCCUAAACGAGGAGAAACUAACCGAUGACCGAAAUAGUAAGCACCGCCCAGAUAUCAAAGAUCCAGGUGUCGUUGGCGAGGGCAGCAAUGACAGAGCACUGAUUCCAGAGAUGGUGAGGGACAACAAGGAGCAGAAGCAAUGCCAAGGAAGCUAUCGAGCGCCCGUUGAUCCAUUAGUUAGCCUAGAAGAGAGCUAA